AUGGUUUUGCCUCUAGCUUUCUUCCUCUCCAUAAAUAACUUAGCCUUUGCCUCUAAUGAACCACAACAAAAUUAUUCUCCUUCCCCCCCAAUAACACAUAAUUACAACUCUCCCCCUCCAUCUUCACCCUAUGACUAUCAAUCUUCACCCUAUAACUCAUCUCCUCCGCCUGUAGUUUCGUCACCACCGAGUUAUUAUAACUCCCCUCCCCAACAUCAUCACCAUGAGCUCUUGGUUAAGGUGGUUGGCAGUGUUUAUUGCUUCAAUUGCUACGAUUGGAAACAGCCUUUGGAUUCUCACAUCAAAAAACCUUUGGAAGAUGCCAUAGUCAAAGUGACUUGUGAUGCUGGAGACAAAACUUAUGUCUCCUAUGGGAAGACAAAACACUUCGGAAAAUACAGUGUUAAUGUGAAGGGAUUCCCUUUCUGGAAGCAUAGAGCAAGGGCUUGCAGGGUUGAGCUACAUGCAGCACCAAAGGGCUCAAAGUGCAAGAUUCCCACUAACCUCAAUAAGGGAGCCCCACUCAAAGUCAUAGUCAAAUCACAUGAGCUCGUUGUGCUUAAGGCAGAAACUCUUGCAUUUGCUCCUAAGAUUCCUUAUGAAGAUUGUGAGAAGCCCAAACCUUCUCCAUACAAUUCUAAUUCUCCCCCACCUCCAACUCUGGCCAAUUAUUAUCAGUCUCCUCCUUCGUCAUCUCCUACAUACUAUAGCAUCCCUCCAGCUUCAUCACCAUCUCUGUCAACUUCUUCUUAUGAAAAAUCUUCACCACCACCAUCUUUAUCUCCAUCACCCCCUUACUACUAUGAUUCUCCACCCCAACCCUCACCAUCAGCUCCUCCAUACUAUUAUGGCUCGUCACUAGCUCCAUCACCAACUUUUCCCCCUACUUACUAUUAUAAAUCUCCAUCCCAACCAUCUUAUUCUUCAUCAUCUCCUUAUUAUUACAAUUCUCCACAACCACCCCCACUAUCUUCAACACCCCCUUACUAG